GUCAGUUGCCAUUCACGCUUGGGACUAACCGGUUUGGCCGGCAGCUACGCAAAAAAAGCAAACCAAUCCAAACGGAUUCGAGCCAAAACGAACCGAACCCAACUGGCUGGCGAGUAACGAUGGGCAACAAAGUUGUGACAUUUACGGAACAGGAAUUGGAUGACUACCAGGAUUGCACGUUCUUCACGCGCAAGGAGAUCCUGCGGGUUCACAAGCGAUUCCGUGAGCUGCGGCCGGAUCUGGUGCCUCGCCAAAUGACCGAAGGUCAGGCCUCCAGUGUUAAGGUGCCCUGCGAAUGCAUUGAGAAGAUGCCCGAGUUGCGUGAGAAUCCCUUUCGCCGGCGAAUAUGCGAGGCCUUCUCACGCGAUGGCCAGGGCAAUUUAUCCUUUGAGGACUUUCUGGACGCCCUCUCCGUUUUUAGCGAGCAGGCGCCGAGGGACAUUAAAGUUUUCUACGCUUUCAAAAUUUAUGAUUUCGAUCAGGACGGCUUCAUCGGGCACGCCGACCUCAUGUCCUGCCUGACAACAAUGACCAAGAACGAGCUGAGUCCGGAGGAGCACCAGCAGAUUGCCGACAAGGUAAUCGAGGAGGCCGACGUCGAUGGCGAUGGCAAGUUAUCAAUUUUGGAGUUCGAGCACGUUAUACUCCGGGCGCCCGACUUUCUAUCCACCUUUCACAUCAGAAUAUGAAACCGUCUUUCGCCAGCGGUGCACUGAGAGAAACUAAUGCCAGUAUGGCAUUCUCUAGUGUUAAAUAAAAUAUUAAUAUAUCAACAGAUUGCCUUCACUAUUUGGGUUACUUGUCUCAACUGCACCAAGAAGCUAUUCAAUUUAGUUAUGUAUUCUGCAGUGUAGUAUAAUAAAAUUACCCAGCUAUUGAUAUCCAAUGUGCAUCAAUAUCCCUCAGUGUUUUCUCUAUUUUAUUAAAUUGUUUAUGUGCGCUUUUGC